AGUUAUUAAGUAAAUAGAAAAUACACAUGCACUUUACUGCAAAUACAACGAUCACCAUAGUUUUUGGUCAGUCAACGUUUAGAAAAACAAAUGGAAAAAAACAAAGAUGUUCACGCGCUUAAAACAGUGAGUGUGAAACCAGAACAUUGUUGACUAGACUUCAGCACUAUAAUACCUCAAAUUUUCACCACCUCGUGUAUCUCGUUCAGCAUUUAGCAAGAGAUCUAGAGUUGUGAUACAGUUUGGAAAACAAGAGAAGAAAUGGCCUUGGCUUUGGUGGGAGAGGCAUUAAUCUCUGCUUCUGUGGACAUCUUGUUAGAUAGAAUAACUUCUACAGAGUUUCGAGAUUUCUUUGCCAGCAGGAGGCUCAAUGUUUCUCUGUUAGAUGAGCUGAGGAUAAAGCUGCUUGCACUUAAUGCUGUGCUCAAUGAUGCUGAGGAGAAGCAGAUCACUGAUCUUGCUGUGAAGGCAUGGCUUGAUGAGUUGAAAGAUGCUGUCUUGGAUGCAGAAGAUGUGUUGGAUGAAAUCAACACUGAAUCUUUGAGAUGCAAGGUGGAGGGAGAAUCUAAAAGCUUUACUACCCAGGUGAGAUCAUUACUUUAUUCCCCCUUUAAUCAAUUUUAUAGGAGCAUGAAUUCCAAGCUUGAAGCAAUAUCGGGAAGGCUAGAACAUUUUGUGAAACAGAAAGAUAUUCUUUGUUUGCAAAGUGUUUCUAGGAGAGUCUCUUAUACCAAAAUUACAGAUUCGUUGGUUGAACCUGUUGUGGUUGCUAGAGAGGAUGACAAAGACAAGUUACUGAACAUGCUUCUAUCUGGUGACGAUGAUGAGAGCUAUAAUAAUAUAGAAGUGAUAGCAAUAUGGGGCAUGGGGGGUCUGGGCAAAACAACCCUUGCUCAAUACGUUUACAAUGACAGCAAAGUGCGUGAAUAUUUUGAUUUGAAAGCUUGGGCGUGGGUGUCUGAUGAUUUUGAUGUUUCAAGGGUAACGAAGAAAAUUAUUGAGUCUGUCACAUCUGAAGAUUGUAAUAUUACUAAUCUAGAUGUUCUUCGUGUUGAACUAGAGAACAACUUAAAAGAUAAGAAGUUUUUGCUUGUGCUUGAUGACCUUUGGAAUGACAAGUAUAAUGACUGGCAUCACCUAACAGCUCCUUUCAGCAGUGGAAAAAAGGGAAGUAAGAUCAUUGUGACAACCAGACAACAGAGAGUUGCACAGAUCACACAUACACUUCACAUUCAUGAGCUGAAGAAUCUAACGGAUGAAAAUUGUUGGCACAUACUGGCAACUCAUGCAUUCGGAAAAGAAGGUUAUGACAAAUAUCCGUACCUUGAAGAAAUUGGUAGAAAAAUUGCAAGAAAAUGCAAUGGCCUACCAUUAGCUGCUAAAACUUUGGGAGGUCUUCUGCGGUCUAAAGUUGAUGCAGAGGAAUGGAACAGAAUUGAGAACAGUAACUUAUGGGCACAUGACGAUGUUUUACCAGCUUUACGCAUAAGUUAUCUUCAUCUUCCAGCUCAAUUGAAAAGAUGUUUUGCCUAUUGUUCAAUUUUUCCAAAACAGUAUUUGUUGGAUAGGAAGGAGUUAAUCUUGUUAUGGAUGGGUGAAGGCUUUCUGCAACGAUCCAAAGGAGGUCAAGCAAUGGAAUCUAUAGGUGCAGAAUGCUUUAAUGAAUUAUUAUUGAGAUCCUUAAUUGAAAAGGUCAAAGCUGAAACAGAGGAAAAGUUUCGAAUGCAUGACCUCAUUUAUGAUUUAGCUAGACUUGUGUCUGGAACAAGUUCUUGCUACAUUGAAGACGGUGAAAUCCCAAGAACUGGUCGCCAUUUAUCAUUUCUUAGAGAGUGGUACGAUGUCUCUAAAAGAUUUCAGGGCUUGAACGAGCUAAAGUGUUUGCGCACCUUUCUACCACAAUCUCUAUACAUUAUUAGGACAUAUUACUUGACCAAGUCAGUGUUGCAUGGUUGGUUGCCAAAACUAAGUUGUUUGCGAAUUUUAUCAUUGUCCAUGUACAAAAAUAUCACUGACCUACCUGAGUCAAUUGGCAUCUUGGUGCUUCUGCGGUAUCUUGACCUUUCCUACACUUCCAUCAAAAGGCUGCCUGAUGCAACCUUCAAGCUUUACAAUCUGCAGACUUUGAAAUUAUCAAACUGUAAAUCUCUUGUUGAGCUACCAGCACAGAUAGGAAAUUUGGUCAAUCUGCGCCACCUUGAUAUCAGUGACACAAAUUUGAUGGAGAUGCCAAUAGAGAUAUGCAGAUUACAAGAUCUCUGUUCAUUGUCUUCCUUCAUUGUAGGCAAAGAAGAUGGAUUAAGGAUCAGUGAAUUAAGAAAAUUUCCUCAUCUACAGGGUAAGCUUUCCAUUUUGAAUCUGUACAAUGUUUCUGACCCCAGCGAUGCAUUUCAAGCAAAUUUAAAGAAUAAAGAGCAGAUCGAGGAGCUUAUGCUAGAGUGGAGCAGCGACCCACAAGAUUCACAAACUGAGAAAUAUGUACUUGACAACUUGCAACCUUCAAUGAUGUUAAAGAAACUGGGCAUCAAAUACUAUAAUGGGACAAGUUUCCCAAAUUGGCUGAGUGAUUCUUCGUAUUGUAAUGUUCGAGUCCUGUGGAUCAGUGACUGCAACUACUGCCUGUCACUUCCGCCAUUUGGACAAUUACCUUCUCUCAAGGAGCUUGUCAUUAAAAGGAUGAAAAUGGUGAAGACAGUUGGUCAGGAGUUCUAUUGCAGCAACGCAAGUUCCCAAUCCUUUCAGCCAUUCCCAUUGUUGGAAAGUCUCGAGUUUGAAGAGAUGUCAGAGUGGGAGGAGUGGGUACCAUUUGAAGGUAGCAACUUUCCUUUUCCUUGUCUGAAGAGUUUGUGUUUAUCCAAAUGUCCCUUGUUGAGAGGAAACUUGCCCAACCGCCUACCUUCAUUGAUACAGGUUCUUAUGGAAGAGUGCAACCAAUUAGAUGGGUUCGUAUCAAUUGAAAAGUGUGACAGCUUGCAGUGUUUGCCAAGAAUGAUACUCAAUGCCAACUGCCUUCGAGACUUGACUCUCAGAAAUAUCAAGUCUUCGAUUUCCCUCCCAACUGAUGGUUUGCCCACGUCAUUGCAAUCACUUGACAUUGGUGGCUGUGAGAGGUUAGAAUUUAUGUGUGAUGAAAGAUGGCACAAAUACACAUCACUUGAAUACCUGAGAAUCUCUAAGAAGAGUUGUGAUUCACUCAUGUCCUUUCCAUUAGAUUGUUUCCCAGCUCUUCUAUUCCUUGGUAUCCAUAACUGUCCCAACUUGGAAGCAAUUACUAAUAAAAGUGGAAGGGUCUCUCAUAAUUUUUUAAAUUAUUUUUUUGUCACUGAUUGUAAAAAACUUAGGUCACUUCCAGAAGAGAUGAAUCUCCCUGCCCUUGAAUACUUGAACCUUAAAGACCUUCCAGAGUUAGCGUCAUUGUCCCCAGAGUGGUUGCCUUCCAGUUUACGACGUCUUUUUGUUGAUGUUGGAAUAGUAUCAUUAUCAUGUAUGUCUAAACAAGAGUUAGUUUGCCGAUUCCAACGCCUCACUUCUUUGUCAGAGCUUUUUCUAUAUGGUUUGGGGGGUGAAGAAGUGGUAAACACCUUGCUGAGGGAGCCAUCACUGCCCACUUCUCUCACGUAUCUACGGCUAUCCUAUUUUGAUGGUUUAAAGCGGUUGGAAGGGAAAGGGCUUCAACAUCUCACUUCUCUGAAAACACUUUACAUCUUCGAAUGUGGAAGCCUCGAGUCAUUGCCAGAGGAUCAACUGCCAUCGUCUCUUGAAUUACUGUGUAUAAUCUCUUGUCCAUUGCUAGAAGAAAGGUAUGGAAAUGAGAAAGGGAAACACUUCACAAAGAUUGCUCACAUUCCUGCCAUUCAAAUAAACGAUCAAGUCAUAAUAUGAUUACAUGAGCGCCUCAUCCAAAGUUGGUAAAUAAGCUGUGGAACGUGUGUUUAUUGAUAUUUUCUAGCUCUGAUGGUGCACUUCAUAACAUUCAGUGCAAUCAUGCUAUCAUAUUGUUCUUUCAACACAGAAGCUUUCAUUUGAAGGAGCUGAACCCUUUCUAUGUUAUAAAGUUUAACAAAACUAAUGAUUUCUUAAGGUUAAUAUCAUGUAUUGAAUUAUUUUUUGAUGUGUAAGAUGCGAUAAUUUUUUAUCAUGAGAGUCAAUAUCCUUUAAUAUAUUGAUAUUUAUAU